AAUAUUAAUGGGUCACCCGGCCAGACUGGUCAUCCCCAUAUAUAUAAACGUAUUGUUUCGAACAGAUUUUCCUUUAGGCUAAGAAGCCCUUGGGACAUCCAAAAUGUUGAAAUAUUCAAAAAUUUUAGGGAAGGAACUGCUAAUAUGACUUGAGUGUGAGUGUUACCAAAGAGAUACCUGUUACUAGACAAAAUAGCAGUAACAAAGUACAGAGUGACUAUGAUCUCAAAUAUCGACGAAAAAGUGAACAUGAUUACUAGAGAUUAUUAAAACAUUUUUUUAUACCCAGACGACAUCUGAUAGCAUCUUUGAAGCUUUGCUCGUAGCGAAACCUUUUAAUAUGGGAAGGAGAUGGCUUAUAGGAAGAGCCUCGGAUUAUGUCUAAUGAAUUUAUUAUGGCUACGAUAAGUUAGCCAUCCAUCAGGAAUUAAAUUCAGUCUAAAGUAAAGGUUUUUUACCUUCGAGCUUACUUUCUAGGCUACUUUUCCACUGACUGUCAGCAACUCUCAACGGCUUGUAGUCUCCUGUUCAUUUUUCGCGAUAGAGAAAUAUUCUUUUCUAUUGAGAAAGUUAUGCUAACUACUAACCUAAUACAACUGUUGGACGCCGUUCAACUUUAUAUUAUGACUACGAGUAAGUCUCGAUGAGACUAAGGGAAACUUAAAAGGAUUCGAACUCAUGACCCACUGAGAAAGAGUUACGGCUAUUUCAAGGAAAUUUUUAUUGAGAGUAAGUGGAUUUUAUUCUCAGUAAAAAUUUUAUUCAAACGACCAUAACUCUUUAUCAGUCGAUUAUGGGUCCGAAUCCUUUUUGAAGCUUGUCUUACUUUUACUGAGACCUACUCACAGGCAUAAUAUGAAACUGAACAGCGUUCGACAGUUGUAUAUAUUCUCUUAUAAGUAUUAAUAGAAAGUUUUUUUUUUCGAACAUAAUCAAUAUGUGCAUGUUUUUUUUUUGUAUAUUAUAGAUUUUUAAAACAAUUGAAGCUACUGAACAAUCACUUAUGGAAUAUAUCAAUACAAAAAAUUCUGAUGUUUCUGAUCUAUUUAAAGAUCUUAAUUUACCACAAAAUACUUCAAAAAAUACACGAAUAGAAAUUGAAGAUUAUUAUGUUGAGAAAUUUAAACAAUAUACAUUAAGCAGUAAUUUAAUCUCACGUUUACAAGCACGUCAUGAUAUUAUGCAAAAAGCAUUAGGUGCUACACCACCAAUUGGUGCUGUUGAAGAUAAAAAGUAUGAAAUAUUUUACAGAAUGAUCUUUAAAAAAAAUGUAUCAAAAAUAAUUUUAAGUUUUCCAUUAUGCUAUUGAAUAAUUAGAUAUCAAUCAAUCAAUUCUAGUUCCUAUU